UGCUGCUUUAACCGCAUCUGCAGUCUGCAACGUGUAUCAAAUCAGUCGACAGCUCAGUGCCUUCCCUUCAUGCCUGCUUAUUUAUUUUUUUUAUUGCUGAUACCGUUUUCCUCUGGAUUUUAUGUGAGCAUAGACUCGAAUGAUGAGGAAUGCUUUUUUGAUCGAGUUAAAUCUGGGACUAAAAUGACUUUAUAUUUUGAAGUUGCUGAGGGAGGCUUUCUCGAUAUUGAUGUACGAAUAAUUGGACCUGAUGAAAAGGUUCUAUACGAAGCAUCAAAAGAGUCCAGCGGUAGGCAAGCCUUUACUGCCUCUGCGGAUGGGGAAUACAAAUAUUGCUUUGGCAACAAGAUGAGUACAUUGACUCCGAAAGUCGUUAUGUUUGACAUGGAGAUUGAACCUGAGCGCCUAGAAAAUUUAGAGAAUGUUACAGAGUCCGAAGGUAAACUAUUUAAGAUGAUUGGUGAUCUCUCUCUCGCUGUUUUGGGUGUUAAGCACGAAAUGGACUACAUUGCUCUUCGAUCAAAUAUACACAGAUCAAUAAGUGAAAGUACCAACACUCGUGUCGUUCUCUGGGCGGCUUUUGAAACUAUGAUACUCGUCACGAUGAGCGUGGGCCAAGUAAUCUACCUUAAGCGUUUCUUUGAAAUAAGAAGAGUGGUCUGA